UAAGCCCUGACAGUGAUUCAAUUACAACUGAAAGACUCAACAAAAAGGACAUUGUGUGUGCCAGAAAAGAAGCAGCAGUUUUACAAGAAAUGGCUUUCACUGUAUAAAGCUUCUAACUAUAUGUGAUGGAGCAAUAAAAUAAAAUUUUAAAAAAAGGAGAUACAAUGCCACCAUUUUGAAAGGUGGUGAGCAUAAUGUAGCAUGAAAUGGAAGUACUCAGGUCAAAUAAGCAAAUAGUUUUGGGACUGUGGGAUUCCCUCUGGAUUCUGAACUCAUUCAUCCAGCAGAUGGCGCAAGGAGGCAGCGAUCAAGGUCUACGUUAGAAGGUUGAGACUCUUUUUUCUUGAACCCAAAGGAAGAAAGUCUGUCUGUGUCCCCGACCAUUGGACGAUCACUUUCACCAACACAGACACUGGAGAAGAGGCUUUGAAAGAGCAAUUUCUUUUCAUUUAAAUUUUUCAAAAAAUAUUCAGUGAGGCUACUGAUUAAAUAAUGUAACGAUAGAUAAAUAGAUAGAUAGAUAGAUAGAUAGAUCAAUGGGAUUUUUUUUCAUUUGAGCAGUAGGAUAUAGGUCAACGAGUAAUAAAUAAAUAAAAUAAUAAAAAAAUGACAAGGCGGCUGAAACAAAGAGAUAUCAGACACAGGCAGAUGCAAACUGAAAUCAGCCAUUGCUUUCUUUGAGAUUUUUCUCCUGACUUUUUUGGAGAAUCACACUAUAUUGCGUCCUAAGACGUGCCAGAAAAAGAACAUUUCAGUCACUAAUUACAAAUGUAGUGGAAGCCACUCAUUUUGUGGACCUAUACUGAGACAGUGGUUUGGCAGGAAUUAGAUUUCUCUCACUCUCUCCUCCAACGAGCUCAUAAACGGCUCCUUGCCACUAUUUUUUUUAAAUUUCGCUUGUAAAACUGUGGUUCGGGUCCCCAGUUUUUUAAAAACAUAUGUACAUAUCUGCUACAUUCAGCUCCAUCUGGCAACAGUCCUGUGGGCCUUCUAUCGCGUUUCUGAAGACAAAAGAAUGAUUUGAUUUAUUUCCCAUACUGGGUAAAUACAGUCUAACCAUGUGGUCCACAGUGUAACCAAUGGGCAGCCGAGGAGAAGGUAAGGGCAGGAAAAAAAUUACUACCAUUUUAGGGGAGGAUGUAAGCCACUAUACCAGCCCAUCUAACGUUUUACAGUCGCACUUAAGUGUCUUUUUAUUGAAAUAAUAAAAUAAACAUGUCGCUAACGAAUUAUUAUUCCAUGAUGGGGCUUCAGACCGAGGAGCCGUACGGUGCACAUUUCAUCCCGGGAAGCUUGCAGGGUUCGACGGCUGGCUGCGCAAAGUCAGCCCGGGGAACGGAGGAGGAGGAGGAGGGGACCCCCGGCUCACACAUUCCGGAUUUUUCACAUUUUUCCAACAAACAAACCAGUUUAAAUGGCUUUUCCCCUUGGACAAACACAUCGACUUCCUCUUCAUCUCCUUCCCCACAGCUGCAGUCCGCCCCCGGCGCUUCCAUCCCGGGUCUUUUUCAUCCGCAUCACCUCCUCAGCCAUCACCACCCCUACUACGGCGCACAGACGCAGAGCCACGCCGCCGAACACCUCGCAUCCUCGGCAGCUCCGGAGAGCAGGUUCGUCCGCUGCUGGGAGGGAGUGACUCCCAGCACGGACGCCGCUCUGUCACAAACACCGACCACUUUCCCCGGGUGUCUGUCCGCUCAGGGUGACCUCUCCACUCCGAGCUCCAGGUACGAGGCGGUCAAACCCGAGAACUCACCGCCGCCACACGACAGCCCCGGGGAUCCCAGCUUCGCCAGCCCGGCUGAGGUGGUCCUCGAGCGGCUCGGCACCGUGGAAGAGCUGGGGAGGAAGACCGAGCCCAAGAAAGAGGACGAGGAGAGGAAGACACAGCAGCAGUUUGACCCGGAAAAUCCAUCAGCCAGCUGGAUCCAUGCCAAGUCAACCCGGAAGAAGAGGUGUCCAUACACCAAACACCAGACCCUGGAGCUGGAGAAGGAGUUCCUCUACAACAUGUAUCUGACCAGGGACCGGCGCCUGGAGGUGGCAGGACUCUUAAAUCUAACAGAGAGACAGGUCAAAAUCUGGUUCCAGAACAGACGGAUGAAGAUGAAGAAGCUGAUGAUCAGGGAGAGGAGGAGUAUGAAUGAAUGAUGGACUGAGAGGGAGGCUGGGGUUCUUUCUUCACCCCAGCAUAGGCGAGGAGGUGGUGAGGUUCUAGCUG